CAGGUUCCCAACCUUCCAAUAAUCAUAUAAUGGCAGAUGAUAUAGGAUGUUUAUAGACUGAUAGCUCCCCAUCUAGAGUGAAGAACAUUCCCAGACUGAAAGUUUACGAGAAUUGGAACAUCGGGAUUUUCAGCCGUCAAGAUGCCAGUGGGGGGAAGAGUUGCUGGCAAAGUGUCGGGGAUUAUGACUGGAUCCUACGACGGUCGAUCACAUCAUGGGAUAAACGAAGAAAUAAUAUGGGUCAGCAUUGGCAUGGGGGUCACGAUCAUCAUACUCAUCACCAUAGCACUGUGUUACAUCAUGAGGGAGAAAUGCAUAGGCAGGAGAGAAUAUUACAUAACAGCGUGAAGAACAAAGAUAUUCACCCGUUCUCCGAUCAUAAGAAUAUGGUGAUAAAGCCAAAUUAUUUUCCAGCUAAGAUCACAAAACCUUCGAAUCGCGUAUUUCUUCAGAGAAUAUUAGUGCAAAAUUAUUCGGAGUAAACUAAUUUUAUAUGAAAUGUAACAAUUUAAGUCCCCACCAUUAAGUCCUCAACGACAAGAAUGCAGAUGUUACAAAAAUAAUAAUUUUUAGAGCCAGUUUGAACUGAUAAUAACAUUGCUGGCGAAAAUUAGUUUGUCAACAUAUGGAGACUCUACAACUUUUUCUUGUUGUUGAAGACUAAAAGGGUAAAACGAAUUCUGUGUCCAUUGAUGAAUUCUCUAUAUGUUAGUCGGUUUAGAGGGUGUAGAAAAUGUUAAAUGCAAGAAGAUACAUAGCUGUAUAUCUUCUUGGUUAUAUGUAUAUAUUUUUGAAAGAAUUUUUGUGGAGGUAUUUGCUCAUAGAAAUAUAAAAAUACAAAUAAAGGUUAUAUUUAUCAACUAUUGUAUAUCUUUAGGUACUUUAAGUAUUGAAUGUUUGGUUCUAUAUUCAUGAAGAUAGACGAAAAUGAACAAAUUUCAGGAAAAAAUCUUGAAAAUUGUUUGAUGAAAAAUAUUCCUGAAGAAAGAAUUAUAAUUAGGCACGAAACAGAUUUUCCUCACUUGUCUUUUUUUUAUUUUAUUCAUUUUUUCUCUCUUCUUCCUUUCCUCAUAAAAGCUCAUCAAUCCACUUGAUUGAGUGACCCAGUCGUUUACUUGAAUUCUAUAUCUAUUCGAUUCAAAUUUGAAUCAAAUGCUAGUAAUCAUAUUGUGUUCAGGAAGAACCUAGACGUGGUAUUCCUAAAACUUCUUCAGUUCUAUAUAUCCAUUAUAUUUCGAAUGAUAAAAUUCAUUUCAACAUAGAAAUAUCACCUCUAGGUCUUCGGAAUGGGCCUACCUUUGUCCCCGAAGUGGACCAAAUUGAAAUUAUGAAUUAGGGUAUUAGGAGAUGAGUACACUUUCUCAGAAAAAUGAGGA